AUGGACAAAGAUCUAGAAGCUGAAAUAUCAUCUGCAAUAGCUCAGCUAGACAAGCUUAGCAUCAAAUCAUCAGAAAGUGGUUUAAGUGAAGAUACCUGUUGGGAAAUUUUUGGAGGACCUUGUCCAGAGAGCCUCAAGAAAAAGAAAAAGACAUUGGAAGAAUAUGCAAGUUGGGUAAUUGUUGAAGCAGAGCCUGAAGUUAAUAAUAAUACUACAGAUAAUAACAAAAAACGUGAGUCAGCAUCAGAGAAUCAACAAACUCCAAACACCUUGGAAAAAAGCAGUGAUGAUAAUAAUAGAGAAAAAAUCGAAGAACUGCAUGAAACAGUACUCAAAAAUCACAAAAAAAUAAAUGCUUCGAAAGCACAUCAUAAAAUUUUCAAUCCAGAUACACGGUCAGAGUCAAAAGAGCUAUUGAGACCAAAACUAGCAGCCAGUUCCGGAUUUGAACAUAAAAUUGAUACAUUUAUACAGAAAACACCUAGUUCUGAAGAAAAAGUUAUUGGAAUAGUAAAUUAUGAGUCGGAAAAUGCGCAGAAAUUUUCUACAGUAGGGACACAACAAGAUUUCACCAGUUCAAAAGGAGGUCAAACUGAACCAAGUGAUAAACAAAAUGAUGUAGGAACAAUGACAGUUAUUGAUGAUAAAAAGCUGGGCACCGACAAAAGCAUACAAACAUCAGACAGGCCAUUAGGCAGGUCAUCGACUUCCUCAUCUGCUAGAUCAUGUUUUAGCACAACCUCGUCUACAUUCGACGAAACUGAUUCAUCAGCUACUGAUAGUUUGGAAGAAAUAAAUAAACCUUGCUAUCGAUGUCGUCAAACUAAUAAGUCAUUUGAAUGUAUGAAAAAACCGUGCAGUUUCCACUAUAGAAAUUUAGUUAAAGAACUAAAAAGAAAAUUGGAAUUCAAAGAUUCUAAGAAAAAAUUUAAAAUAUCUAAUUUUCAAGGUAAUAAUAAUUCAGAUGAUACUAAAUGUAAUAAAAGACUACAGACUUCACCAAUAAAUUUACAAGAAGGAUUUCGAAAUCCAUAUAAAGUUAACAACGAAUUUAGUUUCUGUCAUAGUAAAAACUUACCAGUUGCAAAAGAUAGCAAUUAUGCAAUAAUUAUUAAUGCAAAGAAGAAAAAAAUUGUCAACAAUGCUUGUCAAUAUUAUGAGCCAAGAUGUCAAAAAUCAUCUGAAUCUGAUGCUGAUUGUGAUAAAUUUUGGAAAAAAACUCUUACAAAUAAACCAACUCUCUGCGAGACUUUAAAAACAACGCUAGAAAAAAGAAAUAGAGUGAAACAAGUGGUUGAUAAAUUUGAAGAGCAAAAAGCAGAUUUUGUUAGUUUGUGUUUACCAUGUAUGUCUCAUUUUCCCUCAAAAAAAGUUCCCAAGAUUUGUACAUGCUGUGGUAAAGGUAAGACAUAAAGAAUUUCCAAGUCUAGCAUCCAUUUUUACUACUCAUAAUGAAAAAC